AAAAAGUCGCAGGAAUACACACCGACACAUUGCAGGAACAAGCCACAAUGUCUUCAUCACCCCUCACUCUUGUGAUACGCCCGCGUGGCCGCCCGAUCAAGGGCCUACCGGAAUCCAUAACCGUUGAUUCUGAUGCGCCUGCGUCGGAGAUCUUCCGCAAGAUCGCGAGUGUCUCGAAGUUCUCCAUCCACCGAUUAAGAGUCACAAAGGGUAGCGAUGGAUCAGCGAUUCCGAACGCCGGAGGUGUCAGCAUUCACCAGACUGGUCUCAGGAACAAGAGCGCUGUAGAUGUGAAGGAUCUCGGUCCCCAGAUAUCCUGGCGAACCGUUUUCAUCGUAGAAUAUCUCGGCCCUCUCCUCAUCCACCCUCUCGUAUACUUUGCUCGGUCUUGGAUCUAUGGCACUGAUGCUCCAGCCACGCAACUGCAGACACUCACGCUCAUCAUGUGUGUAUUGCACUUUGCGAAGCGAGAGUACGAGACACUCUUCGUCCACCGCUUCUCCUCAGCGACAAUGCCAGCAUUCAACAUUGUGAAGAACAGCGGCCACUAUUGGGUCUUUUCGGGGUUCAACUUGGCAUAUUGGUCAUACGGACCCAACAGUCCUGCCGCUAAAGCCUGGAACCCUCUCAUCACAUACCUCGGCGUCGCUCUGUUCGCAAUUGGGGAGAUUUGCAACUUUAAUGCGCAUUUGACACUCAAAAACCUGCGCCGUCCAGGCAGUACCGAACGAGGCAUCCCGCACGGUCUUGGCUUCAAUCUUGUGACAUGCCCCAACUACUUGUUUGAGGCGAUCGCAUGGAUUGGUGUGGCACUCGUCAACCGAAGUCUGAGCACAGUCCUGUUCAUCGUUAUUGCGGUCGGCCAGAUGGGUGUCUGGGCAUGGAAGAAAGAAAAGAGGUACCGCAAGGAGUUCGGUGACAAGUACAAGCGUAAGAGGUAUGCCAUGCUGCCUGGCAUUUGGUGAGCAUACCCAUGUUCGGCCGAAAACGUGGCUUGGAGCAGCAUGCAGGGGAGCAGGGCGGCCGCCGCGAGGCUGAAGUCAUGUCGCAUAGCGAAUCGAGUCCCGCAGCCAGGACAGAAAUGAUGUACAGGGAGGGCAACAAGGCAACU